AUGCUGUUAUCCAAGUAAUGUCUCAGAUGAAGUUCUGCUCUCGAAGAUCUCCCGUGGUUUGCAUGAGUGGUUGUGUUGCAUCCAGCCAGCCCCUUGCAACAAAUGCUGGACUUGAUAUUUUAAAGAGCAGAGGAAAUGCUGUGGAUGCUGCUGUAGCUGUAGCAGCUGCCUUAAAUGUUACUGAGCCAUGCAGUACUGGUGUAGGUGGAGACUGCUUCUGCCUCUAUUAUGAUGCAAAAACCAAACAGGUGUAUGGGCUCAAUGGAAGUGGGAGGUCUCCACAGUUUCUUACUCUUGGGCUGCUGAAGGAACAUGGCUUUGAUGAAGCAAAUCCUCCACCUCCUCUACACGCAUAUAAUGUCACGGUACCUGGUGCAGUGGCUGGCUGGUGCGAUGCUGUUGAGUUGUUUGGAAGCAAAAAUCUUUCCAUGGGGCAGAUACUGCAGCCAGCUAUAGAACUGGCUGAAAAGGGCUUUCCGGUGUCAGAGAUUACUUCCUACCACUGGAAGCAUGAUGUUCAUGUUCUUCAGGCUGCUGGAAACCCACAUGGGAAGGACCUAUUGAUUGAUGGCCAGGCGCCUGAGCAUGGUCAAGUUUUUCACAAUCCAUUUUUGGCAAACACUUUUAAGGAGUUGGCUAAAUCUGGCAAACAAGGAUUCUAUGAAGGCCGUGUGGCCAAAGCUAUAACUGAGAUUCUGAAGAGUAAUGGUGGAGUAAUGAAUUUAGAAGAUCUGAAAAAUCAUGCCACUGAAGAAGUCAAACCUAUUGUCACAAAUUACAAGGGUGUAAAUGUUUGGGAAAUCCCUCCCAAUGGACAAGGAAUCACAGCAUUGUUAGCCCUGAACAUUUUAGAAAAUUUCAAUAUGAAAGAAAUGGAUCAUAAUACUGCUAAUUAUUUGCAUGUUCUAAUUGAAGCUUUGAAAAUCAGUUUUUCUGAUGCUUUCUGGUUCUGUGCGGAUCCAGUACAAGUUUCUGUUCCAACAACAGAGCUCCUUUCAAAAUCUUAUGCCAGAAACUGUUCCCAGCAAAUCGAUUUACAGAGAGCUACUUACAACCUUAAUCAUGGAAAUCCUUUCUCAGUCGGAAGUGACACAGUCUAUUUCACUGUGGUAGAUGGUCAAGGCAAUGCCUGCUCUUUUGUUAACAGCAAUUACAUGGGAUUUGGCACGGGGCUGGUACCUGAAGGAUGUGGGUUUACAUUGCAAAACAGAGGCUUCUGUUUUUCACGAGAUCCUGAACACCCAAACUGCCUGGCACCUAACAAGCGGCCAUAUCACACAAUUAUACCUGCUCUGGCAACAGCUGCAGAGUCAGGAGAACUUUUGUGCUCUUUUGGUGUGAUGGGUGGAUUCAUGCAGCCCCAAGGACAUGUUCAGGUACUACUGAACAUGUUGGAAUUUGGGAUGAAUCCACAGCAGGCCUUGGAUGCUGCUCGUGUUUAUGUAGAAUACAAGAAUAAAGAAGGUUCAUGGCAUGUAUUCUUGGAAGAUGGUAUCCCACAGAACGUCACAAAAGAACUGAGAGCAAGGGGCCACUCUGUCAUGACGCCUGUAACUGGGCACAGCAGGAGCAUGUUUGGACGAGGUCAGAUUAUCACCAAAGGAGACUGGUGGAGACAUGGGAGAAAUCUAGCUUCUGCUAACCAGGUGUUGUGGGCUGGAUCUGAUCCUCGAGCUGAUGGUUGUGCAUUGGGGUACUAGCAUCAAA